AUGGAGAAACUUGCCGAGGCGGCAAUCAGCUUGGUCACGACUAAUGAUACCCUGUUGGGUACGCUCGAAGGCCUCGAAAACAUCAUCCUGGAAGCGCUCUUCCAUAUUGAUAGUGGCAACAUUCGAAGGGCUUGGACGACAAUACGGCGUGCCGUCACGACCGCGCAGCUGCUGGGUUUGCAUCAAGGAGGCCAGCAUCGCUACAAUAUUAUCAACGAUCAGAACGAUCUUGACCCUGGGGCGUUGUGGGCUUGCAUUGUGCCCAUAGAACGAUUUGUGUCUCUGUUACUAGGUCUACCCUCCAGCACCCCCCCUCCUUCUACGAGGACAUCUACCAAACAGCAGACCCUCCCUACACUCGUCAUGGAUGUGGCGGCCAGCAUUCUUGCACGAAAUGAUAUUAGGGAUCCCCAGCUAGCUCUAGAUAUGACACGGCAGAUCGAUCGAGACCUCAUCGAGAUGACUGAACAAGUCCCGUCUAGUUUUUGGCGGCCUUCGACGCUGGCCAGUCUCAAAUUGGGCUCCCAAGAGGCAUUCAGGGAGCACCGUCGAACCUGGGAUCUGAUGUGCUAUUUCACGUUAUUGAAUCAACUUCAUUUGCCGCACAUGCUGUACUCUAGCGAUGCGUCACAGGUCAUGUAUUCCCGAAUCGCCUGCGUCAAUGCGAGCCGCGAGGUCUUGAUUCGAGAGAUUGCAAUGCGGUCCUUCAAUUCAGUCACAACUUGCUGCCGGAUGGGCGACUUCAUGGCACUCAUUGCAGGCAUGACGUUGAUCCUCGCCCAUUUUGUGAGCCACUCGGAUAACGGAACGGACAAUCUACUCGCACAUCAACGAGCAGGCGACAGGGCUACUGUGGAGCGGGCUCUCGAAUGUAUGAAGUCCAUGUCGGAGAUCUUCGAGGACGUGCUUGCGGCGAAAUGUGUGGCCCUCCUCAAGCAUUUGUUGGAGGUUGAAGCCAGUCAUUAUGCACAAGGGAAAAACCAUUCUCACCAGCGGCCAUCCGAGAAGGAUGGAGACCAUGAUAAAAGCGACGUUUUGGUCAUCCAGAUUCCAUAUGUUGGCGCUGUUCGGAUUGCCCGAGAAGGAAUCACCUCUCUGGCGCCGUCCAAGGGAUCGCACCCUCGAGUGUUCCAUGACGGUGUUACAAUUGGGGGCCUUGGAUCUCUCCACGUGUCCGAGCCUCGUCGACAUUCAGAUCAGCGGGACGGCGGCCAAGGGAGGUCUGACUUGGUCUCACAGCCAGCAUCGGCCGGAUCGACAGUCGAUACGCUAUCUGGCGGGCAGCAGAUCCCAGACAACACUCAACAAGUCCCGCCAGAAGAUGUCUUUAUUCAACAGCAGCACGAAAUAUUUCCCGACGCUUCUGCGAGCUUGGAUGACUGGGCGUUUCAAGGGUUCGAUACUGUCUUCUUCGACAUGUUGAUGAGAGGGUCUGGGGACCAGCCGCCGUUGAACAGUGCAGCCGCCGGAACAUGGGACUUUGAGACGAUCACCUAA